AACAAGAUGCAGAUAUGGUAUUAGUAUGGUGUUGGAAAUUAAAGGAUGAGGUUGAGAGGGCGAAACUCAUAUAUGUUAAUAUUGAUUGUUGUAAAGGGAAUGAAAUGAAAUCUGUAACGCUCUUUGAGUUGCCGAUUCUAUCGCACACCUCAAUGACCGUUUAAUCGGUCAUUCCAUCGUGUGUUAUGUAAAACCUAUUUGUAAGCUCUCUCAUUUCCUUCUCUCUCUCUUUCAAGUUUCAAUCUCCCAUUCCCAUUCCCAUUUCCUUUCCUCGCUCGCAUUCUUGCUAGGCGUUUCGAUUCUGCAACGUUACUUUCAUUGCAUCGUUUAGGAUGGGUAGGGUAAAGCUGAAGAUAAAGAAGCUAGAGAACAUGAAUGGGCGUCAAGCAACAUAUGCUAAAAGGAAGAAUGGAAUUAUCAAAAAGGCUACAGAGUUAUCUAUUCUUUGUGAUAUUGAUAUUAUACUUCUCAUGUUCUCACCAACUGGAAAACCUUCUUUGUGUAGAGGCAGGCGAAGUAACUUUGAGGAGGUUAUUGCAAAGUUUUCUCAACUAACUCCACAAGAAAGAGCAAAAAGGAAGUUGGAGAGUCUUGAGGCACUGAAAAAGACAUUUAAGAAGUUAGAUCAUGAUGUAAAUAUACAAGAAUUUUUGGGUACAAGUAGUCAAACUAUUGAGGUACACAACCAAACUAUGUCAAUUACUAUGUUCAAUAUAUAUUUAUUUUUGUCAUUGUUUUAUCUGUCAAUACUAACUCACUUUUUGCAGGACCUAAGUAAUCAAGCUAGGCUAUUACAGACUCAAAUUUCUGAAACACAGAAGAGAUUAAGUCAGUGGAAGGAAUUUGAAAAAAUCAAUAAUGUGGAACAACUUGAACAGAUGGAAAAUUCAUUGAGAGAUUCAAUCAAUCAAAUUCGAAACCGUAAGGAACAUAUUAAAAACCAACAGCUUGUGUCACUGCAAUGCAAUAACCAGUUCAAUGAAAUGCAUAUUCCGUUUAGAAUGGGUACUGAGCAGCAUCUCCAACCUCUACCAUGGAUUGGUAAUGGUGACAGCCCAAAUCUAGUUUUACCUGAUGACUCUAGCUUGCUUCUCCACAAAGAUGUAGAGGGAUCUGCAAGCUCAUCAUUUGGGAGUUAUGCAAGUUACAUUGGAUCAAGUAGUAAAACAGAUAUUUCAAACUCAGGGCAAGAAAAUGGUGUCCUAAGUGAUUUGAGCAGCACUACUGCUCCAUUGAGACUACCAUUGAAUAAUGGACAUCAGUUUCCAUACAUGCCAUCAUACAAUUUCAAUUUGCUGAAUGAUUUCAAGUUCCAAGCAGCUCCAGAGAUGAACCAUCAUCAUAAUCAGCCACAAGAAAACCAUAAUUUAAGUUUUCAUCAUCAUGUCAACAAUGGAAACUUUGAAGCCCCAAGGAAUGCUUAUGACUCCAAUCACCACCACCACCAUGGUUGGGCUUCCACUUCAGGGCCUUGUGCUGUUACUAUGUUUGAUGAGCAUUUGUAUGCCCAGGCAAGUUUACCUCAAGUCAACUUUGGUUCAACAUAGCCAACACUAUUCUUCUUUUCUUUUUUCUUCUAAUUGCAGAACAAGCAUCCAUAUCUUUUGUUACCUAUAUUGAUACAACAGUUGUGAUUAUCCUCUUAAUUUAUACCUCUUUUUUUAUGUCUUAUACUUCCAACUUUGCCGUUUAGCUUCAAAGUUCACUAUCCUUAUAAACUUCUACUUUUGUUUGAGUGCAGCAACCAAACUGAUUCAUCAUGGAUUUUGCCAUCUGCCUUGUAAUGAAUUUGCUAAAGAAUUAUCAGUCACCCUUGAUAACCUUAGCAUCCUCAAAGAUUUUUACACAACAGAUGUGUUUUUUAUAUGCAGACAUAUAUAAGAAACAACAACCAAUUUUUAAAAUGUGGCUUAGCUUCCUAACAGCAGGUAAGCCUAGCUUGAUGUCAUUUACUCACUUAGGCAAUGUUUGAUAAUUAAGACAAGACAGGGCAGAACAUUUUUUAUAUCUCUUGGUUUCUGUUUCUGUGUCUUGUUUCAACGAUCAAACACAGCCUAAUUGUGCUGAGUUAAUGCUGAGGCAGAAGAAUGUUACACUAGAUCUUUUUAAUAAUUACCAAUAGUAGGUUCUAUUGGUGUUGUUGCUUCCACCUUGUCUCUUAGGUGUGAAGGUUACCUAUAGCCUAAAGAAUCACAUUUCUUCUCCCUCAUACAGUCAAUACUUGUAUAUAUAAGAUCACAUAUAGCAAAAACUAGUAAUUCAGUCUUCUGGAUUUGCAUUUUUGCCCAAAACUCAUCAUGUAUUUGCUUCUUGUAAAUAUGUCAUUGUUCAGUUUGCUUAAUAAUUAUCCUUACAUAUAUAGAGGGUCACCUGCAAUGGACCUAACUGAAUUUGGAAACAUAACACAACAUACGAAAAAUCUAAUGUUUUGAUCAUGAGCUCAAAUAUAUUAGAGUUCAAAUCACUCAUGAGCUAAUAGUGUGUUAAGUUUGAAAAGAAG